AUGGCAAAACAAGUCGUUACUCAGUUUCCAGUUCGCCGUUCAACCAAUAUACCAGGGGGCUAUAUUGAGAACCACCAGACCACCCCCAAAGACGAGGAAAAAAUUAAAUUUGUUCAACGCAUCAACUCCUUCCUUCACGAGACAGAUGCAGAUCAGUAUGAGCUGGAAUGUAGGCAACGAAUUGAGGAGUCUUUCAAAAGUACGACCAGCAAUGUUCAAGCCUUGAAUGAGGCACUUGAAGCUUUCCGCUUGAAAUUGUGCAAACCCGGCCAAUCUCAAGUCAGCCAACCUGUGCCAUCAGACCAGAAGGUACACUGGUCAGAUUUGAUGAAGGAGCUCCGAAAUGCCCAGAAUUACUACAAGACCCGUCAUGGAGGUGGACCAAUUGGCAAAGCUCUUUCGAAAUUUGGGAGAUAUACCGAGUCGCUGAAGGGAUGGCUAGACGUUCUUCCGUCUGGCGAUUAUGGGUCUACAAUAUGCGGCGGAAUCAAACUCUUAUUAACGGCCGUCGAUGAAACUUACAAGCUGGAUAGCUUAGUUUUUGUGGCAUUGUCAGACAUACCUGAAAUCUUGUACGAAGCUCGAUUCUACCUGGAUGCGUGCAGAGCUUCGAGGUUAAGCAUGAAUAUGCUGGAAAAGAUGGCUGAUCUAUGCAACCACAUUCUUAUCGUGUUGCGGGAGAUCGUUUACUACUGUCUGGAAACAAAGUCAAAACAUCUCGUGUCAGCAGUCUUUAAAGGGCCGAAAUCAAAAGAAUCUUUACGACAAUCGAUUUCCGAGCUGAGGGAAUGCGCCACAUCUCUUUCCCGAGCGGCGGAGCUCACGAACCACCAAACCAUACAAAACAUCAGCGAGGAUAUUCAAGGGAUCAAACAAAAUUGUCAUAAUUCAGAAGGGAGCCGCACGGAUAUUUAUGUCAAUCUAUACGUGCUCUACUCCGGACACCCAUCUCUCGACAGCAAAGGCGAACUUCUUUCCGACGAUAUAGAUGGAUCCAGUCAAUUCCAAAACUGGACCAACAAGUCCAAGCGGAAGAACGCUUCCUUACUCGUUCAAGGUCACUUUGACUCUGAAGGUGGCACAUCGGCUUUGACACACCUCUGCGCAAGAAUCGCUUACGAGUCCGCUCCAAACUCAAAGGUCCUGGUUCUCACUCACUUCUGCUCGCUCAAUACGGCCAGUCGCGCAGAGAUCGGUCGCCGGGCUGGUGCCAGGGGUUUGAUUGCUAGCUUUAUCGGACAACUUCUCUCUUACGAUUCACAUCGAGUCCAUUUUGAUCUAUCGCAGAUCAGCGGACAUAAAUUAUCACGAAUUGAAGAGUUUUCAUUGAAGAGAUUGUGCUGGCUUUUUGAAAUGCUCAUUGCCCAGGUUAAGACGGGAACUACGAUUAUUUGUAUCAUUGACAACAUCUCAUCGUAUGAGACAAAUGAAGCUCUUGAUGAUAUGGAGUGGUUGGUUAGUUGUCUACAAACAUGGGUCAUUCAAGCAAACCAGACUUCGAAGCCAAGGAUGAAGCUGUUGAUUACAGACACGAACCAGACCACUCGGAUUUACCGUUAUUUCCAAGGAGGUGAUAUCCUGAACCUAUCUGAAAGGGGUGGUGCAUCGGGAGAUGAUUGGGAUGAUGAGUCUGAGGAGGACACCUGGAUAAUAUAA